GUUAGUCAAGGCAAGAAUAACCGUGUAUGACGGUAUUCUGUAAAUGCUACAUAGUGGACGUUUUGUGUCGAAAUGGCGCUAGUGCGACUGAGAAAUGCGCAGGGUUCGAAUGCCACUGAAAUAGAGAAGAAAAUUAAAAGAGGUAAUGCGCUGCGGCAGGGAUCUGCAUGGAGGGGGUCCCGAGGGCCUGUGGCCUUGCUGCUGGUCGCUCUGUCUGUGUGCGGUGCGGCUAUGUGGCUGUACAUGAGCUUUCUGGACAGUGACAUCACAGAAACACUGGUCAGCCAGGGCGAGCUGGUCUCUGCCCAGCCCAGAGUCUACACCGUCCAGUGCUCUGAAGACUACAAGAACUACAAACGCUAUCCAGGAUGCACCCCUCAGAAGUGUGGCCGUGCUGUAACAGACAGCAUGGUGACGAGGGAGGAAGCUCAGGUCCUCCGGAGGCUGGCUGAGAGAGGCCUGGCGUUGGCCGGGUCAGAGGGAGGAGCUUCCAUACUGGACCUGCACUCUGGAGCAUUGUCAAUGGGAAAACAGUUCGUCAACAUCUACAGGUAUUUUGGGGAUCAGAUCAGAGAUGUGUUCACACAAGAGGAUUUCCAGCUUUACAGAGAUGUACGUGGGCGAAUUCAGGCAGUUAUUGCUGAGACGUUUGGUUUGGACCCGACUCUGAUGUACCUCACCAAGCCUACCUUCUUCUCCAGAAUCAACAGCACAGCAGCCAAGACCCAACACGACGAGUACUGGCACCCACACAUAGAUAAGGUGACUUAUGGCUCUUUUGACUACACCUCACUCCUGUACCUGUCUGACUACGGCUCUGACUUCACUGGAGGAAGAUUUGUCUUCAUGGACCAAAAUGGCAACCGGACAGUGGAACCACGGGCAGGACGAGUCUCUUUCUUCUCUUCCGGUUCGGAGAACCUCCACCGCGUGGAGAGGGUGACGUGGGGGACACGCUACGCCAUCACCGUGUCCUUCACCUGCGACCCCGCACAUGCCAUCUCUGACCCCGCCCUGCCUUGAGGCACCCACGGGUGACGGGGCUACCCACUGGCUCGGACAAGCCCUGCAGCAAAGAGAAGCAGAGGGGAGAGACAAGGAGGAGGGGAUGGAAGAAGUGAGCCUUUAUAUGGAGGUCUUGCUCGUAACAGUGGUAUACUGCAGCUGCACGGCCAAUAUCUGUAAUUGUCUUUUAUUUUCAGAUAUUGACUUUGGUGCCCCUUUGGUUGUGCUACAGAAAAAGGUGAAUACGUUCACCUACUCUUCUGUAGAGGUGUUUUCUUAUUUGUUACUGACUCUUGUAUUUUUAUCCAAUUUUCUACAGCAGUUGCUCUUUUUAUUGUACCAUCAUAACUGCUAGUAUUAGGCGUGUUUGGGUUCCCCACACGUUUCCUCAUUCUGUUCCUCUUGAUCGUUUCGGGGACGGCUUGAGCAGAAAUUGCCCCUCAACUGAAAUGAUUUCAAAGAGGCUUAGAAAGUGGGAUUGUGUGUUUUCUGUGUGUCGCGUUGUGUUUUUCACUUUAAGGAGAGCUGUCAAUUUCUUGAAGAAGAGAUAUAAAUCUGGAGAAUCACCUACUGAUUCAACCUUUCAUCACAAAAUCCCCGCUCAUACUCGCCCCCACCCUUGACCCAGGAGGUGUUUUCUUCUAAGAAGAACCCUCUCCUUGUCCAAGAGUGAUUGCUGUUUCCAGUAUGCUACCAUUUACUUCGAUAUGGUCGGUGAGGACGGUUUCAAAUAAAAUACUGACAGAACCUGAAAA